AAUACGGAAAUGUUUUCUGAUGGUGUGUCGAAUUUAAACUAAUAAUUAAUUACCUUAGGCUAUUCUGUGCUUAAUUUAGAAAAUACUGUUAUCAAUGUGGUGUUUAUGAUAUUAAAAUAAAUACAAGUAAAGCAUUCGUAAACAGGGAGGAAGGUGAACCAACGUCCUUACACGCUUUUAGGUUAUGUUAGCGAGUUCAUUCUGCACAGCUGAAAAAUCGAGAAUAAAAUGACGAACGAGGCAAUUUCUCGUACUAUAGCACUGCCAUCUCCAUUUAUAAAAAAGAAAGUAGAGUGCGCAGGCGGUUCUUUUCUUCGCUACUAUAAAAUUAAAUGUCACGGCGAAGAUGCUUUGUUAUCGACGUCAAAGUGUAACAACAAGGCCGAGGAAGUCGUCUUCGAGGACGACGUGGAGUACCUCAGGAGCCUGGAUCCCAAAGAGUGGAAGAAACAGGACCACUAUGCCGUGCUAGGUAUCAAAAGCUUGCGAAUCGACGCCACCGACGAAGACAUUAAGCGCGCGUACAGGCAAAAGGUUCUCAAACAUCACCCCGACAAGAGAAAGGCGCAGGGCGAGCACGUGAAGAGUGACGACGACUACUUCACCUGCAUCACUAAAGCUUACGAGACCCUCGGUACUCCUAAAACCAGAAGAUCCUAUGACUCCGUUGACCCCGAAUUCGAUGAUUCCAUUCCAAUGCCGAGCGAAAUUAAAAAGGACGGGUUUUUCAAAGCUUUCAGUAAGUACUUCGAAAUGAAUGCUAGAUGGUCAGAAAAGAAGAAUGUACCACUGUUGGGCGACGAAAAUAGCUCGCGAGAAUUUGUCGAAAGGUUUUACUCGUUCUGGUACGAAUUUGAAUCCUGGCGCGAGUUUUCUUACAUGGAUGAGGAGGAAAAAGAAAAGGGUUCUGACAGGGAGGAGAGGAGAUGGAUAGAAAAACAAAACAAAGCAGCGAGGGCUAAGCUAAAAAAGGAAGAGAUGGCUCGAAUUAGAAGUCUGGUUGAUCUGGCUUACAGCAACGACCCGAGGAUUCAGCGAUUCAAGCAGGAGGACAAGGAUAAGAAACUGGCAGCCAAAAGAGCAAGACAGGAUGCUGUACAAGCUAAAAAAGCUGAAGAGGAGAGAAUAUUGAAAGAAGCCCAAUUAGCUAAACAAAAAGCUGAGGAGGCAGAGAGGGCUAAAAUUGAAGCAGCCCGGGCCGUGCGUGAGCAGCAAAAGAAAAACCUCCGGAAAGAGCGCAAACAAUUGAGAGACCUCUGCAAGUCCAAGGACUACUACGCCAAAACUGAAGAUGAAAGUGUGUCACAUAUGGCGGCCGUGGAGAAAAUCUGUGAAAUGUUGCAAAUUGUUGAGCUGCAGGACUUGACCAAGGACCUAGAAGCGAACGGAAGAGAUGCAUUCAUAAAAGCUAUGAAAGAUACAGAAGAAAAACUGGAGUCGGAACGUAAAGCCCUGUUUGAGACCAAGAAGUCUGAGGAGAGUAAGGCUAAAAAGUUAGCAGCACUCAAAGCACCAAUAGAGUGGUCCGUUGAGAUGACUCAGUUGCUAAUUAAAGCUGUCAACUUGUUUCCGGCUGGUACUAAUCAGAGAUGGGAGGUUGUGGCCAAUUUCCUUAAUCAGCACGGCACAUUCACAGAUGAGAGACGUUUCAAUGCUAAGGAGGUUUUAAACAAAGCAAAAGACUUGCAAAGUUCAGACUUCUCUAAGAGUAGUCUCAAGAAAGCUGCAAACGAGGAGGCAUUCGACCAGUUCGAAAAAGACAAGAAGAAAGUUGCGAGUGUUGUUGAUGAUAGCAGUAUAUCAAAAAGUGAUACAAAAUUAGUUAAUGGCACGGCAAAACCUAAGUUAAAUGGAGAUGUACCUAAAGAGGUCAAAGAGGAAAGACCUUGGACUAAACACGAGCAGGAGCUUUUGGAACAGGCAAUCAAAACAUUCCCAGCGAGCACGACGGAGAGAUGGGAAAAAAUAGCAGACUGUAUACCUAACCGUACAAAGAAGGAAUGUAUGAAGAGGUAUAAGGAAUUAGUUGAGUUAGUCAAAGCAAAGAAACAGGCUGCCAAUCUAUCCAAAUAACAUUUAAUGUCUACUAGCACUGUAACAAAUUACCCCCCUAAAUUAAAUGUGAGAUACAGAGUAAAUAUAAUUUUUGCACAUUAAAUUAUAAACUUACAAAUUUAAGGCUGUUUGGAAAUGUUGAAAUAUUCAAUUAAAAAUUAACAUGA